CAGCCGGGCCCCGCCUGCCCUCCGCCCAAGGUGCUGGGUUGGAGCUGGCCGGGCACUGCGGGGCAGGGCGAGCGCGGCGGCCCGGGGGCUCGGAGGCGAAGAUGGCGUCAGGCAGGCGUGCCCCGCGCACCGGGCUACUGGAACUGCGCGCCGGGGAGGGCUCGGGGGCUGGAGGCGACCGGUGGCAGCGGGUGCUGCUCAGUCUAGAGGAGGACGCGCUGACCGUGAGCCCCGCCGACGGCGAGCCCGGCCCGGAGCCCGGUGCCCAGCGGGAGCCGGAGCCCGCGCAGCUGAACGGCGCCGCCGAACCGGGCGCCAAGUCCCCGCCGCUGCCGGAGGCGCUGCUGCUCCAGCGGCGCCGCGUGACGGUGCUCAAGGCCGACGCCGGCGGGCUGGGUAUCAGCAUUAAAGGGGGCCGAGAGAACAAGAUGCCUAUUCUCAUUUCCAAGAUCUUCAAGGGCCUGGCAGCCGACCAGACGGAGGCCCUCUUUGUAGGGGAUGCCAUCCUGUCCGUGAAUGGGGAAGACCUUUCCUCUGCCACCCAUGAUGAGGCGGUGCAAGUCCUAAAGAAGACAGGCAAAGAGGUGGUGCUUGAGGUCAAGUACAUGAAAGAGGUCUCACCAUAUUUCAAGAACUCUGCCAGUGGGACCUCGGUUGGCUGGGACUCGCCUCCUGCCUCACCCCUUCAGCGGCAGCCUUCCUCCCCUGGCCUCCCACCCCGGGACCUCCGUGAUGCCAAACACAUGUCCUUGAAGAUGGCAUAUGUCUCGAGGAGGUGCACCCCCACUGACCCAGAGACCAGGUAUCUGGAGAUCUGUUCAGCAGAUGGCCGGGACACCCUCUUCCUGAGGGCUAAGGAUGAGGCUAGCGCCAGGUCGUGGGCAGCUGCCAUCCAAGCCCAGGUCAACGCUCUGAUGCCCUGGGUCAAGGACGAGCUGCAGGCGCUGCUGUCAGCCACCAGCACAGCCGGGAGCCAGGACAUCAAGCAGAUCGGCUGGUUGACUGAGCAGCUGCCCAGUGGGGGCACAGCACCCACCUUGGCUCUGCUGACCGAAAAGGAGCUGCUCCUCUACUGCUGUCUCCCCCAGACCCGUGAGGCCCUGAGCCGGCCGGCCCGUACUGCCCCGCUCAUCACCACCAGGCUGGUGCACUCAGGCCCCUCCAAGGGCUCCUUGUCCUACGAUGCAGAGCUCUCUUUUGCCCUGCGCACGGGUACGCGCCACGGUGUGGACACUCACCUGUUCAGCGUGGAGUCACCGCAGGAGCUGGCUGCCUGGACCCGCCAGCUGGUGGAUGGCUGUCACCGGGCUGCUGAGGGUGUGCAGGAGGUGUCGACAGCCUGCACAUGGAACGGCCGUCCCUGCAGCCUCUCUGUGCAUAUUGACAAAGGCUUCACACUGUGGGCGGCUGAGCCAGGUGCGGCCCAAGUUGUGCUGCUCCGACAACCCUUUGAGAAGCUGCAGAUGUCCUCGGACGAUGGUGCCAGUCUCCUUUUCCUGGACUUCGGGGGCGAUGAAGGAGAGAUUCAGCUGGACCUGCAUUCAUGCCCCAAAACAAUGGUCUUCAUCAUCCACUCCUUCCUCUCGGCCAAAGUCACCCGUCUGGGGCUCUUAGCCUAGAGGUCGUCAGAUGCAUUAGCCCUGAAGAGGGGGUGUCCACCACAUGGCCUGACCUGGCCCUCCGCUGAUUGCCUGCUUACCACUGGGCUGAGGGAAGGGAGAGGAAAGGAACAAGGAGGCAGAGACCCAGCCCCUGAGAGAGGCUGGGACCCAGACUCAGGACACAGUGGAUCCUGCCGGUGACGUGGUAGCCUCCCUGCUGCUCCCCCCACCCACACCAGUGCCUUUUGUGGAGAGAUAUUUUGUGUACGCAGAAGCCAUUCCGAGCCCGGGACCUGCCCCUCUGGGGAUCUUGACCCUAGCUGACAACUGCCAGGCCUCCUAGGGGCCCCUAAACUGUCCCCAGAGGCCCCACCUGAAGCUGGAGUUCCCUGGGGUCUGUGUCAAGAGAAAGAGGAGGAGCCUUUCUAUUCAUUUCUCCCAUCAGCUCUACCACCUUGAGGCAUCUGGUUUUUCUCUUCAUCCUCUCUCUCUCAUCCUUAGUCUUGGAUAAAUAAACAGCCUGUGAGUACUUAGGCAGCCUGG